AUGAUGGUGAAAAAUUCUGACUAUGUUAAAAAUAAUUACUAUGACCUUGUCCGUUCCGCAAUAGAAACAAAUAUGAAAAAGAACAAAAUUACUCCCGAAAGUUAUUCUUUAUUACAAAAAGAAGUAGCAGAUUUAGAAAAAACUAGAGGAGAAAUUGCCGAAAAUUUAGGCUUGUCUGCCGAAAUUUGCCAAAAAAACAAUAAUAAAUCAUUGGUCGGAUUAGGAAGUGUAGUUACUUACAAAAUAUUAACCGCCGGAGAAGAAGAAACGGUGGAAAUAACUGAUACAGUGGAAGCGAGCCCGCCCCAAAAGAUUUCUCUUUAUAGCCCGGUUGGUGAAAGUUUAUUGGGAAAAAAAGUUGAAAAGCAAUUUAUUCGUCAGGGAAUGGAUUUAGGAUUGGCAAGGAUGAAAUUAGCCUGCCGACUUCUUAAUCGUCCUGAAAAAAAACAAAACACAGUUCAUAUUACCGGAACCAACGGCAAAGGCAAGUUAGAAAGCAAACUCCAACCAACAAUUUUCGAAUUUGUAACGAUUGUUGCUUUAUAUUACUUUGCGGAAAUAAAACCAGUUGACUUAGUAAUCUACGAAGUAGGAUUAGGUGGAAAGUAUGAUGCUACUAAUGUAAUUUUCCCUUUGGUUUGCGGGAUUACUAAUGUUGCUUAUGACCAUGCUCAUUAUUUAGGAAAUACUUUGCCGAGUAUUGCCCAAGAAAAAGCCGGAAUUAUCAAAAAAGAUAAAAAAGCAAUAAAUCAAGAAAUCAUUGAAGAUGGAAAAAAACAUUUAGAAAACUCAUCAGCAGUUCAAUUCCUUGAAGCUUUAAACGACCCUGUAAAAAAGGCUGAAUUAGAAAUGGCUAUAAAGAGAACAAAAAGAAUUUCAGCAAAAACUAGCUUGCGGUUAUCAAGCGAUGGCGAAAAACAAAAAACUCAAAGAGGAGUUAGCAUAGACGAUUACGUUUACGGUGGUGGACCAGGAAUGCUUUUGAAAAUUGAUUGUUUAGUAAAAACUUUGGCUGCAGUUUACGAAAACUAUGGAAAAGAUUGUUAUGUUGUUUUGCUUUCUCCCCAAGGGAAAAGGUUCACCCAAAGAGAUGUCAAGCGCCUGAUUCAAAAUAAAAAAUUAGUCUUUAUUUGCGGUCAUUAUGAAGGAUUGGACGAACGGAUUCUCAAUUAUGUUGAUGAACAAAUUUCCGUAGGUGAUUUUAUCACUAGUGGUGGAGAAAUACCGGCUUUAUUGAUCACCGAAACUUUAAUUCGGGCUUUGCCAGGAGUUCUUUCUAACGAGGUAUACCAAAAUGAAACUUUGCUAACCGAGAAUUUAUUCGAUUUUGCCACUUAUACCCGCCCUGCUAUUUUUGAAAAGCAAGAGGUUCCCGCCGUUUUAUUAUCAGGCAACCACCAAAAAAUUCGAGAAUGGCGCCAGGAAAAUAGCCAACAAAAAACCCAAAGGCAAGGACAAAAUUUCCGUAAUCAACAAAAAAUAAUUCCUCAAACGGAUAGAUGA